AUGUCGACGACCACUAAGAAGACCGGCGGCAAGGCCCAAAGAUCCGCCAUCGCUGAUGUUGUUGCGCGCGAGUACACCAUCCACCUCCACAAGAGAUUACAUGGUGUUUCUUUCAAGAAGCGUGCCCCAAAGGCCAUCAAGGAGAUUAAGGCAUUCGCUACUUUGUCAAUGGGUACCACCGAUGUCCGUCUCGAUCCCCAAUUGAACAAGAAGGUCUGGGAAGCUGGUAUCAAGGGUGUUCCAUUCAGACUCCGCGUACGAAUCUCGAGAAAGCGUAACGACGAGGAGGGCGCCAAGGAGAAGUUGUACAGUUACGUCCAAGCCGUCAAUGUCCAAAACCCCAAGGGUCUUCACACCGUUGUUGUUGAGGAUGCAUAA